GAGUCCCUGCAAGAGCGGUCGGGGUUAAUGGCGGCGGCGGGGCUUUUGGGCGCCGCGGCCCGCUGUCUGAGGCCUCUCCGAGCCGUCGAGCCAACCAGGUGCAGGCAGACUCUGGUCGGUCUCCCGAUGCCGCCAUUCGGGGUCUGUUCGAACCGGGCCCUCCGUUUGUCUGCGGCGUCCCCCGCAGGUCAUAACAAGUGGUCCAAAGUCAAGCACAUCAAGGGACCCAAGGACACGGCCAGGAGCCAGGUCUUCACGAAACUCUCCCGGCUCUUAAGAUUUGCUGUCAAAGAGGGAGGUCCAAACCCUGAGUUCAACAGCAAUCUGGCCAACCUCCUGAAAUUAUGUCGAAGCAAGAACAUGCCAAAGUCUACUAUUGAGGCAGCACUGAAAAGUGAGAAAAACAAGGACAUCUACCUUCUCUAUGAAGGACGAGGCCCUGGAGGCUCUUCUCUCCUCAUUGAGGUACUUUCUGACAGUGGUUCCAGGUGCCAGGCAGCCAUCAAGCACAUUCUGAACAAGCAUGGAGGGGUGAUGACUGAUGGGGCCAAGCAUUCCUUUGACAGAAAGGGGGUGGUCAUGGUUGGCACAGAAGACAAAGAGAAGAGGGCUGUGAACCUAGAGCGGGCCCUGGAGUUGGCGAUUGAGGCUGGAGCUGAAGAUGUACAGGAGCCUGAGAAUGAUGAUGAGAAAAAUAUGCUUAGAUUUAUAUGUGAUGUCCCUUCCUUGCAUGAAGUAAGGACCAAACUGGACUCCCUGGGAUUGUGUUCUUUGUCCUGUGUCCUGGAAUUCAUCCCUAACAUGAAGGUAAAGUUGUCAGAUGGGGACAUGGAGGCAGCUGCACAUCUAAUUGAAGCACUUAAUAGCUAUGAAGAUGUGAUUCGAGUCUAUGACAACAUUGAGUAAUGAGGUUCACCUAUAGAUGUCCUUGUUCCUGGCUCAGGCAGCUGCCCAUCUUCAGUAGUAUGAAUUUCCAUAAACUACCUUUGGGACCUGAGGGGAACAGAAUGACUUAACGUCGUAAGUUUAAGUCAAAGUCAAAGACAGUGGAGAUUCCCAACACAGCUGACUUGCUGUGUGGCCUUUGCCUGUCUUGCUGCUCCGUGAGGAAAGAAGACCCUUGGAAUGUUCUUCAUACCAGUGGCAUGCUGUGGCAUAAUGAGGAAAGCUGAGUUGAUGUCUAAAUCCCUGCUGACUGACUGAACAUAAUCAAACUGCUGUCCUGGACUUAGUCUCUGACCUAAGAAAGUUAUCCUUUAGGUGCCUUCUGGGUGAAUCACUCUGAAUGCCUGGAAUAGAAACUGCUUUAUGAAGAGCAGCAAAAAUAAUUUAUAUUGAUAAUUA